GCUGUAUAGUGGCACAUUGACAGAGGCUCUUCUCCCUAGAGAAAUAGAGGAGCUGGGCAGCCAUCUAAUGUGUUGGCCUGCACCCAUCUCCUGUCAGGAUGCCUGAAGGAAUUGUGCUGUUCAAUAAAGGGAUCUGCUGCUGCCUCCUCCACUGACCUAGGAACUGCAGCUGCCACUGUCAGUGGGAGCUGCUUCAUGGGGUGACUGGUGCCAGGCUGCUGGGACAGGAUCAGCUACACUGGAGCUGCCAUCCUGAAGCCAUUGCUACUGAAGGAUUGCAGGAGCAGACACUGCAGAGGGAGCAGCACGAUGAGGCAUUCAGGAAGGGAGGUACUGAGGAAGCCACCACCAGUGAACCAGAAGGCACCACCGUCCAUGGUUAAUAAUGAACAACGCCAGCAUGCCGAGCACAUAUUCUUAUCAUUUAGAAAAUCAAAAUCGCCAUUUGCUGUUUGCAAGCAUAUUUUGGAAACUAGUAAAGUGGACUAUGUCCUUUUUCAAGCUGCCACAGCAAUAAUGGAAGCAGUUGUGCGAGAAUGGAUUCUCUUGGAAAAAAGUAGCAUCGAGUCACUGCGAACAUUCCUUUUAACCUAUGUCUUACAAAGGCCUAACCUUCAAAAGUAUGUUCGGGAGCAGAUUCUAUUAGCAGUAGCAGUAAUAGUGAAACGAGGAUCAUUAGACAAAUCGAUUGACUGCAAGAGCAUUUUCCAUGAAGUCAGCCAGUUGAUAAGCAGUGGUAACCCCACUGUGCAAACUUUGGCCUGUUCCAUUUUAACGGCUUUGUUGAGUGAGUUCUCAAGUUCAAGUAAAACCAGCAACAUUGGACUAAGCAUGGAGUUCCAUGGUAACUGCAAACGAAUAUUUCAGGAGGAUGACCUUCGGCAGAUCUUCAUGCUAACAGUAGAGGUACUACAGGAAUUCAGCAGACGUGAAAACCUCAAUGCUCAGAUGUCUUCAGUGUUUCAGCGUUAUCUUGCACUAGCCAAUCAGGUCUUAAGCUGGAACUUUCUUCCUCCAAAUUUGGGCAGACAUUAUAUAGCUAUGUUUGAAUCCUCACAAAAUGUGAUGCUAAAGCCAACAGAGUUGUGGCGUGAAACCCUCCUGGACAUCAGAGUUAUGGAGCUUUUCUUUACAGUACAUCGAAAAAUCAGAGAGGAUACAGAUAUGGCACAAGACUCUCUACAGUGCCUAGCACAGCUAGCUUCUCUGCAUGGGCCAGUCUUUCCUGAUGAAGGUUCACAAGUUGAUUAUCUGGCACAUUUCAUUGAAGGAUUACUGAAUACUAUCAAUGGAAUUGAAAUAGAGGACUCUGAAGCAAUGGGAAUCUCCAGUGUUUUCAGCAACCUGAUAACUGUGUUUCCUCGCAAUGUUUUAACUGCCAUUCCAAAUGAACUUUUCUCUUCAUUUGUUAACUGCCUCACACACCUCACCUGUUCUUUUGGGAGAAGUGCUGCACUGGAAGAAGUGCUUGACAAAGAUGACAUGGUAUACAUGGAGGCAUAUGAUAAAUUGCUGGAAUCCUGGCUUACCUUGGUACAAGAUGAUAAACAUUUCCACAAAGGCUUCUUUACCCAACAUGCUGUUCAGGUUUUUAAUUCUUAUAUUCAGUGCCACCUAGCUGCUCCUGAUGGUACAAGGAAUUUGACUGCCAAUGGUGUAGCCUCUCGGGAGGAAGAAGAAAUAAGCGAACUGCAGGAAGAUGACAGAGACCAGUUCUCUGACCAGCUGGCCAGUGUAGGCAUGCUCGGAAGAAUUGCUGCAGAACACUGUAUACCUCUUCUUACAAGUUUAUUAGAAGACAGAGUGACAAGGCUCCAUGGUCAGUUACAAAGACAUCAGCAGCAGUUACUUGCCUCACCAGGAUCAGGGUCAAUUGACAAUAAAGUCCUUGAUGACCUGUAUGAGGAUAUUCAUUGGCUUAUUUUAGUCACAGGCUACCUCUUAGCUAAUGAUACUCAGGGAGAGACUCCAUUAAUACCUCCAGAAGUAAUGGAAUAUUCCAUUAAGCAUUCAACUGAGGUUGACAUCAAUACAACACUUCAGAUCCUGGGAUCUCCAGGAGAAAAGGCCUCUUCCAUCCCAGGGUACAACAGAACUGAUUCUGUAAUUAGGUUAUUAUCUGCUAUUCUAAGAGUUUCAGAAGUAGAAUCUCGAGCAAUAAGGGCGGAUCUAACACACCUUCUGAGUCCACAAAUGGGAAAAGAUAUUGUAUGGUUUCUUAAGCGUUGGGCAAAGACCUAUCUCCUAGUGGAUGAAAAACUAUAUGACCAGAUAAGUCUACCAUUUAAUACAGCAUUUGGUGCAGACACAGAGGGUUCCCAGUGGAUUGUGGGUUACCUCUUAGAAAAAGUAAUCAGUAACCUGGCAGUAUGGAGUUCUGAGCAGGACCUUGCAAAUGACACUGUACAGUUGCUAGUAACAUUAGUGGAAAGGAGAGAGAGGGCAAAUUUAGUAAUUCAGUGUGAGAAUUGGUGGAAUUUAGCUAAGCAGUUUGCGAGGCGAAGCCCACCUCUUCACUUUUUGUCCAGUUCUGUUCAGAGAACACUAAUGAAAGCUCUAGUUUUAGGAGGUUUUGCUCAUAUGGACACAGAUACAAAACAGCAAUACUGGACAGAGGUUCUUCAACCACUUCAGCAGCGAUUCUUGAAUGUGAUAAACCAAGAAAACUUUCAACAGAUCUGUCAAGAGGAGGAGGUGAAACAAGAAAUCACUGCCACACUAGAAGCACUUUGUGGCAUUGCUGAGGCUACCCAGAUAGAUAAUGUAGCAAUACUCUUUAACUUUCUGAUGGACUUCCUUACCAAUUGCAUUGGAUUAAUGGAGGUGUACAAAAACACACCAGAGACUGUUAACCUCAUAAUAGAAGUUUUUGUUGAAGUUGCACAUAAACAAAUAUGCUAUCUCGGAGAGUCCAAAGCCAUGAAUUUGUAUGAGGCCUGCCUGACUCUACUUCAAGUAUAUUCCAAGAAUAAUUUAGGUCGGCAGCGAAUAGAUGUUACAGCAGAAGAGGACCAAUACCAGGAUCUUCUUCUUAUUAUGGAGCUUCUUACUAACCUUCUGUCAAAAGAAUUUAUAGAUUUCAGUGAUACAGAUGAAGUAUUUAGAGGACAUGAGCCAGGACAAGCUGCAAAUAGAUCUGUGUCAGCAGCAGAUGUAGUCUUAUAUGGGGUUAAUCUAGUUCUGCCAUUAAUGUCACAGGAUCUGCUGAAAUUUCCAUCUCUGUGUAAUCAGUACUACAAAUUAAUCACCUUCAUCUGUGAGAUAUUUCCUGAGAAAAUUCCUCAGCUUCCGGAAGACCUUUUUAAGAGCCUAAUGUACUCACUGGAGUUAGGGAUGUCAUCGAUGAGUUCUGAGGUUUGCCAACUCUGUCUGGAAGCUUUAACACCAUUAGCAGAACAAUGUGCAAAAGCACAAGAAACAGACUCAUCACUAUUUCUAGCAACAAGGCACUUUCUUAAGAUGGUCUUUGAUAUGCUGGUACUACAAAAGCACAAUACAGAGAUGACAACUGCAGCAGGUGAAGCAUUCUACACAUUAGUGUGUUUGCAUCAGGCUGAAUAUUCAGAACUAGUUGAAACAUUACUAUCAAGUCAACAAGAUCCAGUCAUUUACCAGAGGUUAGCAGAUGCAUUCAACAAGCUUACUGCAAGCAGCACUCCUCCUUCACUGGACCGUAAGCAGAAGAUGGCCUUCCUAAAGAGUUUAGAAGAAUUUAUGGCAAAUGUUGGUGGACUCCUCUGUGUAAAAUAAACAACAACAAAACUCUAUGCCUAAUUUAGACCCUUUCUGCAAAAUGCACUGAGAAAUGCUGAAAGCUGACUAAACCUUGUACCUGUUUCUGGGUUCUUUGCUGUCAUCUCAGAUUUUAGAGAGCCUGGAAGUUUGAUAUAACACAGCUGAAAAGGAGAGGUCAACUUUGAAUCAGCUUCUGCUAUUGUGUUAGUCACAAUCUGUCAUUACUUGUAUGUUAUAGAGAAUGAACAACAAAUUGAAAUUUUAAAAGAAAAUUCCAUAUAUGUGCAAACAGAUAUGGGCACAUGAAAAAUAGUGCCUUUUCCCCAUUAUCUUAAAACAUAAGUGGCUGGACAAACUUUUAAAGAUUUUUUUUUUCUGAAAACCAUAUUAGAGUAUGAUGUAGACACACACAAAACUGUAAACAGUGUAGCUGAUUGAAGCUUUAUUUUUUCUCUCUGAAGAUUGAGUUUAUGAUCCAAGGGAAAAACACCAAAUGGUAUUUUUUAACUUGUGUUUAGUUUUGUUUUUCUACAUCACCUGAUGUUGCAUGUUUUAUGUAAUACAGGUUUCUACAUUAUAUUCUGCUGCCUAAAGUUCAGAAGGAAAAAGGUGUAUAUUUUUGUUCCCCUAAAAUGAACUUUAGGAACUGUAGCCAUUUCAUUGCCUUAAUUUAAAACAAAAACAAAAAAAAUGAUACACUUUAGACAAGAAAUCUAAGGCAACAUUUGAGUCUUCAGAGUUGGUUCAGGAUGUUGGCAUUAAGCUGCUGUGUACCUGUUGCAGCCCUUUUUGUUGACAUGUGUUAUGUUGGAGUGUGAGUCUAAUGCAACAUUCAUGUGUAGUUUUACUUUCACUAUCUGUUUUAAUCCACAUCCAAGUUGUGCACAGCUGCAAUGUAUUUCUACACUGAACUGUUUGCUUAAGCAAUAACAAUUCAAAAGGUGUAAAUUAUUGAUUUAUACGAACUGUUUUUAAGUUGGGGCAUUAGAUAAAAUAAUUAUGCUAGACUAGGGGUUUCAAACUCUGUUUUACCCAAGGGCCAUAUACAUUUGAUUCAAGGUUGGAAAGAUAAUUAGGAUUUGUGGUUAUUUUUUUCCACCACCACCUCCAGAUUUGUUGUGCUUUCCUCUGCUCUCACUCAGUUUUGUGUGUCAGCACUUGAGCAGUUAAGAUGUACAUACAUUUCAUCCUGCUGACUGAUAGACGGAUAUAGUGGAACAACAAGGGAGAGUAACACAAGAAUACGGAAGCAAGGCAUACUUUGCCAGUAGUCAUAAACCUGACAAAACUGAGGCAAACGCACAUUCUGCAUGCCAGAUAAAAUUGCUUUUUGUGAGGGGUGUGGGUGGGGAAGAAUUUGGCCCUUGGGCCUUGUGCUUGAUACCUCUGCUAAAUUGUGCUGUUGAAUGUUUUCCAUGUGGUUUUUACAUUUAUAUAAAAUGUAUAGUAUAUACACCUUUACAGUGCUGUGUAUAGCAUCAUGUUUGCAACUCUGUGCCAUCCUUCAGCUGUUCAUCUCAAAACCAAUCAUAUUACCCGAAGUGGCAUAAGUCUGUAGCACUGUGCUAGUCAUAGUGAUUCAGGACGUACUUUUUGAGUUAAAUUCAUGCAUGUAACAACAUGAAUGGAAUACAAGGGCAUAAAGUGCCAUCCUUUCAACAGAAUUUUUUCACUUUUCUUUUAAUCCACUGUUAAUAUGAAAACUGGGCUGGAGCAAACAUACACUUUAAAAGGUAACCAUAAAAUUUGUUAGACGACAUCCCUUCACAGUUAAUAUUGUAUAUCGUCUAUUUGAACAUAUUUUUAGUAAUAUUUUCAAGACAGGGAAUUACCUUCAAAUUUAUUCCUAGAAACCCUAUCUCUUUCCUUAAGAGAUUUCUUGUGUGUGCAACAAAACUACUCUUGCACUAGUGAUGGGGAAAUACCAUGGUAUCCUUCUGCAUUAUUCCAUCUUUUUUCCAAUUGUUCCAGCAAAUGGAUGACUGAUUUAUUGAAGCUGCUUUUAAAGUUCAUGUCUGAGUUUUUACUUUUUAUAAAAGUAAGUGUCUUCAACACAAAAUGCCUUUGGCUGAAGGGCAUUAAGUCCUAGAAACAUGAGCAACAGUAAUAAUUGCUAAUCUACCUGGCAGUACCAAGAGUUGAACCUCUGGGGCAGAUUCUUCAAAGAGAUAAUGACAAAUAUUUUUAUUUUUUCUGGUUCUUACGGAUUGAGUAAUAACCACUGUCAUAACAAAUGGCUCCAAUAUUUUCAGAACUAUUUUAUUUACCUCAAUAUGAACUUCUAAAUUUUUAUAAACUAUGGAAAUUUGGGAAUUCCCUAGAAAAAUUAAGUCAGCAAUAAAUCAGCCUACUAAUUUGUUAACAUUCAAACAAUAUAGUACACCCAUUACCUUUUAGAUGAAUCUGGCCCAUUGUGUGUUCAAGACAACUGACACAAUGUAGCUGUUUUUGUAGCUACAUUGUUCAAAAAUUGUCAAGGAUUACUUAAAACGGUAUAUUUGUUUGCUCUUUCAUUUUAAACAUAUGUUUUAUGUUAAAGGGACACUGUCCAGUGUUUUUAAUUUGCAAUUUUUUAACUUUGUCACAUAUAUCUCAUAAGCUUGACAACAUAUUUUUCCUAUUUUUUUUCCCCUUUCAUGUUAGAAUGUUAAACAUUGAUCUUCCCACCCCAUCUAGUGUUUCUUGUAGAGCAAAUGCAAAGAUAUUUCUGCAUGCUUGUGCAACAACCUCAUAGAUGUCACUAAAGUUCUGGGAAUACGUUUUUGUUAAGUUCUAGCCUUUCUGCUGGCCGUUUCAGUACCUAAACUACUUGAUCACACUCUCUUCUUAAAAACAACCUUCAAUGAGAUUCUUUGAAACUCAGCCACUAAGAGCAAGAUUUGAAGUCCAUACGACAGACUCCCAAUGACUUCAGGGGACUUUGAAUCAGGUCCUAACGUUCUGUUUAGAGACACUGAUGUGAUUAACAUCACUGCAUUGAGUUUCCACUCACUGUACAAAGUGAAUAAUGCUUUUAAAAAAAUUGUCAAUUUUUUUUAAAAUAGGCAUAGAGAAAUCAAAUUGAUUUAAUUAUAAACCAUGUAUCAUAACUGUACUAUAUUUCUGUCAAAACUUGAGAUGAUUUUUUUACCAAAAUAGAUUGCUAUCACAGUGUCUUAAUUCUCAGGUUAGAGAUCCAAAUAAUUUUUCUCUUCCCUGCACCUCCCCUUCUUUUUGGUUUAAACAAUAAUUUCUAGCUUCAGGGUUUCCCAACCCCAAACAGCUACUGUUUAGCACUAACCUAACUAUUUCCCUAUGCUUCAACCCACUAGAGGCUAGAGUCCUGUAAACAAGGGGUAUCUGGUUGGGUAAUGAAAUACAAGGACUGGGGAAACAGAGGUCCAUGCAGAUUAGGGAGGGGUGGUGUUCACUGAACCUCCACUUCCAGGCCUCAUUACAUCUUAAUUAUCUUCUGUAAAUCGCAGAGGAAGCCUGUUUAAUGCGGUACCUAAUUGGCAAGAAGUUGUUUCUCCUUGAGUGAUAAAGGACUUUGUUUUCCUCAGAAUUUGGAAAAAACUGUUUCCUCUGUGCAUCUAAAACCUUCUAGUCAAGUGUGUCUGAGAUUUGAAUUUGGGUCUUCUGCCCGACAGUGUAUAGCACUUACCUAAGCCACAAUUUUUAAAAACAUGCCUUGUUUUAAAUAUUUAGCUGGAUAUCACCCUAUAUGUUUUAAACCAUAUGGUUUUAGAUAACAAGCUUGGUCCAAAAAGUCCAUUGCAUUUCUUAAAUCUAAUUAUAAAGAAAUCAUCUUAAUUUCUAAUUACAGAAGUUUUUAAAAGUCUGUAAAAAAAAAAAAAAAUUUAAUACUUCUGUUAUAAAACAUUUUAUAUAACUGAAACUGAAAUGACUUAGUCACCUUUUAAAAUGUGGGGUUUUUUUUAUGAGCAUGGUCAAAUGGACUGAGCACAAGAGAGGGAGAGAAACUCCUAAAUUCUAACACCAGCUUUGCCACUAACUCUCCCUGUGGCCUUGGACAUGUCACUUAAAUUCUCUCUCUCUGUUUCCGCAUCUGUACAACUAAGAAUACUUACUUACCUCAUGGGGUGUUGUGAGGAUUAGCUGAAAUCUAUAAAAUGUUUUGAAGAUCUAAAAUGCUAUGUAAGUGCUAAAUAUUUUUAAUUGUACUGCUUAUGUAAGGUGGAAGAUUGACCACACUGAAAAUUGAAGUGCUUUGUACCAUAAGACAGAUACAGCCCAGGCAGCAGUAGUACUGCAGUAUUUCACAGUAAUAACACCUGCUGUAAAAUUUAGUUGCUUGGAUUGCUACUGUCAAAUAUGGUCUUUUUUUUAAUUAAGGGAAGCUUCCCUACCAGUGUGCCUCUCAGUUCUGUUCUAAAGAGUGAGAUGGUGGUAGUUUCUGUGCUAACUCAGUCUUUGGUGCCUCUACUGAGAUUGCCAGCAAUGUUGCCUCCCCCCUCAAUUUUGGGGGGAGGAGGGGCGGUGUGACAGGAACAACUAGCUCGAUUAGGAACUAAAAUCACCAGCUCAAUUUUACAAGGUUCCUAUCUGUGCUGGUGAGAGAAACAGUGGUCAGUGUACCUAUGAUUCUAUGUGGUUUAAUGAAUCAGCUUCUAGCAUGUUUAGAUCCUGUCUGCUGUGGUUGGGGAAAACAAGAUAGUGUUUUCUAACAAGCACAGUGUGGUUUAUUAGUGAAGUGUUAACAUGAUUUCCCUGGCCAGGAUAAACAGGGUCAUAAGUUAUCAGUUAAUUGUUAGAAUCUUUCUCACUAGAGUUUUUUGUGGUUGUGCCCUAGGAAUCAAGGCACGAGCCUUCCAUUCUGCUCAAUGGACCAAGAUUCUAUUCUCCCCCCCACCCCACACACCACACACACCUUUUUCUUUUUUUUAUAACUUCUGUCACACCACACUCUUUUGAAAAGUUUAGAAUAUAUUGGUAGAUUCAUAGAUUCAUAGACUCUAGAACUGGAAAGGACCUCAAGAGGUCAUCGAUGUCCAAAUGAUAGAUGUUACCUGCACUAUAUUCCCAUCCACUGUGCCUGAUGGUGGCUAAAAUCCUUCCUGAGCCCAGUUUUCAUGACACUGCAAUCUGCCAUUGGAUUAUUCUGGAUUUUACAACUAGGAAAAUAUAAAAUAUCUUAUUUAGUUGAUCCCUUUGUACAAAAUAAGGAACCUCUAUGCAGUGAACUUGCAGUUUUAAGGUGACAAAUGUCUGUCAGUCUCUGUGUAAAUAUUGUAAUUUUUAAGAAGACUGUUUCAAGUUUAAAACCAGGGAUUGAAGUGCUAGUUAAUUUCAAGUAUAAUUUUACCUGGACAUAGUUGAACUUUACCGUUGAAGGUAUGAAGUUGCAUAAUAAUACUUCACAUAUUGCAGCAAUAAGAACUUAGGAAACAAAUGGCUAUGUAAUCAAGCCUUGUCACGAACUAAUUUCCAAUUUUAAAAUGAACACUUUAUGUAUUUUUUAACAUCCGUAAAUGGGGGAGGGUAACAUUUUCCACUAAAGAUUUUUGUUACAUUUUAUUUUGACCAUGUGUGAUUUGUGUGUAUCUUGUUUGAUAUUUUUUCUAGUAUUCAACUUGCAUUCAAGCCCUCAAAUAGGUGUUUGUUGUACAGUCAUAUAACAGAAACAGAAUAUUAUGAAAUCGCAAACCAAAUUUUGCUCUUGAUUACAUCAGUGCAAAUUGGGGGUAACUGAACUGAAGUUAAUGGAAUAACUCUAUAUUUACGUCAACAUAACUUGGAGCAGGAAUUUGGCCCAAAAUAUCCAAAAAUGCAAAUUGUAUAGAUGGUACACAAUAAAACAACUAUUCAGUAUCUUCAUCAAGAGGGGGAAGGGACAAAUGUAAAAUACAGUUGCCCCCCAAAAACAUGUAAUGAAUUUUCAGUUACAUACUGCAUAUGAACAGAACUUGGUGAUCUAGAAAUCUGUAUUCAUCCUGAACAUCUAAACAGUUUAUUUCACUUCUUGGCACUGAAAUGUUAUCCUUCUGCUGUGGCACAUAAAGUUGCAUCUACAUAUAUGUUAAAAAUGUCUUUCAUAAAUGUUCAUUUAGCAGCUUCGGUUUCUCAUGUGCUGUAAGCUAAUUGUAUUUGGGUUAAUCAGUAGCUACUCUGAAUCUUUCCCCUUUCUCCUCUGCUCAUUUAAAUGUUCCAAAGAACUGCUUCACAAACCCUGAAAGUAAAAUUACAUUACAGCUUGCUAUAUAUCUUGACUAUGUAUCACUUUAAACUUACUGGUUUCAGAAGUACAAUUAUGACCACAAGAUAUAUAUUGGCCUGUUUUAGUCCAGUGAAAGCCUGGGUAAAGGAGAGAAGCGUUUUAAGUAGUUUAGAGCAAAUCUCAGAAAGCAACUGACAGUUUUGAAGCAGCAGAGUAUCAAAGAGCCUUUCAUGUAGAUAUUGAGUUAAUCUGCUUUACGUUAACAAAUGAGGUCUGGAAUAAACUUGAAUUAUUUGGGUACAAAGCCUUUACUCACACUUAUUUGUGUAAGUGUAUGCACAAAAAAUUUCAUUUUGCCUUUAUGUACUACUUGCCUUGACUGUGCAUUGUAGAUUUCUUAAAUUCAAUAGCUUCCCUCCCACCCCCCAGUUGCCAUUUGUUGUAAACAAAAAUGUUGGAAACAGUCUUCCCAGUUAAAUGAUUUAAUCAGCUAUGUUUUAAAGAUCAGCAAGACAAAGCUGAAAUUAGCUAAUGGGAACAAGCAAAAAUCUGCAAUCGUGAUUUGAAAAAAUAUUAAGUUAAUCUUUAAAAAAUCAGUAAGUCGCUGAAUUUGUUAUCCAAUUUCAUUUUGGUGAGAUAAGGAAACAUUGGAAUUUAAAUUAAGCACAUUUUUUAAAAACACAAAAGACACGUUUUGGAAUUGCAUUGGAGAUCUGCACUCAAAAAAUAGCAUCAUAGUAAGGCUGAUACUGCCAAAACAAGUAUCAUUAAGUAAAUAUUUCCAGUUAAUAGAAAUAAAACCUAUGUCUGGGUAAUGCAGUAUUAUCUGAGAAUAAUUUGACUACUGUAACUAUAAAUUGUGAUUUGUUACUAAUCACAAUGCUUACUUCCACUCACAUAUUUAAGUUUCAUGAAACAACUGUUUUCAACUUAAAAUCUGUUAAUGCAGUCAAAUUAUUUUUAAUUGCCUUUACAAAUUAGCAGGGUAAUAUAGUAGCUUUGCAUAUCAUGUGUCUUCCCCGCCCCCCCAAACAACUAGUUAUUGUUGCAAACGAGUAGCUUUAUCUCGGUUGUUGGUAUUAUUGGUAAUAGAUACCAGUUGGGACUAUGGUAUGUCAGAACCACCACAUAUCUGUUGCUGAAUAUGGUAUUUACUGCCUGGAAAGAAGUCAUCACAAUAAACCCAGCAAAAGCUUAUUGAUUUGAAAGCUACCUUCAGAUUUAUUCUAAUAAGUUGCCAGGACACUCAAUAUUUUAGUACUGUAUCCACGUUCCUUAAAUCUUGGUUUAUGCCAAUACUUUUUAGUGGCAUUUUGUUACUUCAAAUCAUUGUUGUCACUGCUAAAAACACCAUUUGAAGUCUUCGGAAGAUCACUGAUGUCCUCUCACAAGAUCAACACUAUACUGGGAAGGCUUACAUUCUUCUGCCAUUCGAAAGACUGUUCUUCUAAAGUACUCUUUGCCUGCCUUCAGGCUUUUAUGCACUUUCAUGAUUUCUUAAAAACUGCUGUUGAAAAUGUACUGUAUCUUGCAUAUGGAUUUUGAUAAGCGCACAUGUAUUUAAAUAUUAACUCACUCAGACUCAGGAAAACAAGAAAAAUUAGAUACCUGUUUUGUAUCUUGGUUAAAAUGUUUGUUACCUACAUCCUUUAAGGUGGCCAGAUCAUGUCUAGAUCCCAUGAGUGUAAUUGUAUUUAAUUACUAGUGUAAUCUGUAAAAGAAGGGCAGUGUAGUUGGAAUUUAUGGAAACUUCUGUCUGUCUUAUUUUUGUUAGACCUAUAGUCUGAAUUGGAGUUUUUUAAAAAGUACCAUUUUCAGAAAAAUCUUUUUUUUCACAACAUUAGUUUAUUUCUAUUUGCUUCCUCAAAAGGAGAGAAUGAAAUAAGUGCAGAGGUAUCUGUAGGAAAACUUAUGUAAAAUCUGCUGCUGUACAAAAUGUUUGCUACUUGACUGCAUUUUUGUUCCACUUUAAUUUUACUGGUUUUGCUAAAUAUAUUUUAUAUAUUUUU